GUCACCCUAGGUUCGGUCUUCAAGCCAUCAACAAUGACAUGUUCAACAGUUGGUGUUUGCUCCGGUUACUGUAUAUCAACAGUCCUCUUAUUCAAACAGUCAUUAUCAACAGUCAUCACGAUCGACACACCUAUCAUCACGACCACCAUUGACCAAGACCGCCUCGUCCCAACCAACGGGUUCACCGAUUAAACAUCCCGUCCUCAGCGUCCAUCAAUCGCCUGCUCUAAAUCACCUCGCACACCAAGAUGAGUGCCACCAUGGAUAGGUACAUCUGCAAGGCUUCCCUGUUGACAAACAAGGUCGACAUCCUAUUGAACAAGGACAUUCUUACGGCAAUGCUCCCCGUCGAAAUGACGUUGAGAAUAGAUAACGUCAUAGCUCAUUUCCGAAUCUUUCAGAGUGUCUUGCCAGAAAAACUCAGCGUGGCUCGCCGGGAUUAUUUCGCCCAAGGGGCUAUGAAGUAUUCCACCAAUGAGUGGAUUAAGGUUGGGCUUUUGCUGGAUGAGAUUGAGAUGACUCUCAACAGACUUGUUGAAGUCGGCGGCAAACUUGGACGGGGAGAAGACGUGCAUAAUGAGACGUUCGAUGGCAUAGAGACGAACUUUAUUCAGGUCAUGGGUUGCAUGAAUAUGAUGUAUGGUCUGAAUCUUCCCUAAGGUUCGAUCAAUCAGCAAUAAAAGGGGGGGUUUUCUGGCACAUUUGGGAGGGAAAGAAUGGUAGCACGAGACAGGUACAUAUGGGGUACAUAUGGUACAGGACGACAUAGCGGUGGGUGUUUUG